AUGGCAGAGGAGAAGCUGGAAAUGAGCAAUGUGGAGACUACUUUGAUGCCCGGCACAAAGAAAACAACCCCGCCACCUCCAAACACGUUUGAGCGACUGAUCCAGCCCUGUCUUGCCGAGGUGGUGGGCACCACUUUUUUUGUAUUCAUUGGAUGUGUUUCAGUCAUUGAGAAUGUGGAAGCGGCGGGCAGGGUGCAGCCAGCACUCGUGCACGGCUUGAUAGUGGCUGUGAUGGUGGCCUGCAUGGCAGAGAUCAGUGGCUCCCAUUUCAACCCACCUUUCACCAUUGCCAUCUACCUCUGUGGCGGCAUGCAGCUGACUAUGGUUGUCCCAUACCUAGUCAGUCAGCUGAUUGGUGGCUUGCUUGGAGCUGCAAUGUCAAAGGCAAUGACACCAAGUGGACGCUACAUCAAUGCCACUGGAGCGGCCUUCUCAAUACUUAAAUCUGAGGAGCAGCUGCCGGGUGCCAUUUUUGGAGAGGUGGCGAUGACAUGCCUGGUCACCAUGGUGGUGCUCCUGGGAGCAGUCAACGGCAAAAGCAAGAGCCCCAUGGUGCCUUUCAUGGUGGGCUGCACUGUCAUUGUCAACAUCCUAGCUGGAGGCGAUGUGUCCGGCACCUGCCUGAAUCCAGCCAGGGCCUUUGGACCUGCAGUGGUGGCCGGCUACUGGGAAUACCACUGGGUGUACUGGGUCGGUCCCAUUGGAGGCGGGUUGGUAGCGGCAGCUUUAGUGAGACUGGUGCUUGGAGAUGAGAAGAUCCGCAUUAUCAUGAAAUGA